UAUCCAAUGAUGCACCAUUCCAGCAUGGCGGCCUACAACGACCGCGAAACUUCACUUAUGACCAUUGGAGAUCCUGAUUCUGGGACCCAUUGCUUGUCAUCAGUCUGGGGUCUAGGUCAUCAAUUACUGCUUCAUGCUGGAAAUGGAAAUAAAAGACACUUUGAAGGCAGAGGUCAUGAGGCUGGCUUUGACCAUGCACAUCCAGCAAGACUUCAUUGGGUCAAAUGGCAAACAGAGAUGCAUAAACCCAUAGCAAGAAAGCUUGUUGCACAGUCACAUGAUGUGUUUGUAGCUCUUCAGAAGCAUGGAUCUGAGUCUCCAGAUUCCACCAGAAAACCACAAAUGGUGAAGUUCAGUCGUCGAUACCGAGCCUUCAUGGGGGAAUGUGUACAAGACUUGCUCCGAGCAGCAACAGCAUCUAAUGUGACUCGUGAGGAACAAGAGAGUUACACCGCUCAGAGUGAGUUACUGCAGACGAUGGGUAUCGUGUGGAAUCUAUGUGAGAUCCUCUUUGUGGAAAUCUUACCAGGUGGUGUGGUGUUACAACAGCUACAAGACUGGCUGAAACUCCACUUUACUGAAGGUGAUCAGUAUGCCAGAAAGGUGCUGCAGUCAGAUGGGUGUGAGACCAAUGAGGAUUACUGGUAUGCUAUAUUUAUCUAUGUGAUGCAAGGACGCCUGGUGGAGGCCAGACAUCUUCUAUCUCUCCCUCUUGAUCAUCAGCAAGAUACUCUUCAAGUCUACAGAAGAAUGGACAAGCUAAUGAAUGACAUGCCUAUAUUCAGUGCCACUAGCCGCCAAUCACUAGCCGAGUUUGAUCUAAAAUGGCGCCAUUGGCAGGACCAGUGUCAUCAGGCCCUCGAAGACAAUGUAUUUAUAUCUUUUGAUCCGCUGAAUACAAUUUGCAGGAUCUUAUCCGGCAAUCAGUCAGUGUUGUUAGAGCUUGAAGAUCUAACAGGCAGCUGGUAUCAGAUGCUAGUCACUAAGCUUCUCUACACCAAUCCAACAGUCAAGGCAUUGGAUCUUGAGUACCAUGCUAAGGCCUGCAUUGAUGUAUUUGGAGGUGUAUCCAGAAUGGGGGAGUUAGACACAAUCUUAAAGGCAGCCUUUGAGUUUGAUGUUCACCAGGUCAUCAAAGUUAGCAGUCUGAAUUUGAGUAACUGGUGGUUUGUUGCCCACCUGGCUGAUUUACUGCAUCACUGUGGCCAGCUUGAUUCACAUCAACUCAAUUUUGGUUCCAAUCUGAGAGAGUUUCUACUUCUUGACUAUGCCUCCACUCUGAUGUCACAUGAGAGUUUGUGGCAGGUUGUUGCUGGUUACUUGGACCAUUGUCCCGAGUUUGGAAGUCAUUACCUGGAGCUGUUUAUUGAAAGAGUUCCUCUCCAGUCCGAGAAAAAAGCAAUGAAAGUAUUGAGGAUAUGCGAGCAACGAGAGAUGACUGAUCAAGUUAAAAGCAUCUGUAAGGUUCUCGGGAUGCGCUCUUUCCAGCAUGGCCAGCUGGGCUCGGCCCUGUCUUGGUGUAUCCGUUCUAAGGAUGCAGCAUUCGCUACGUUCCUCUCCGAUAGAUUCCUCUCGGAGUACAGUGCUGGAGGAGGGUUCUCCAACCUGGAUCUUAUUGACAAUCUUGGGGCAGCUAUGCUUCUCAGCGAUAGACUUACAUUUUUAGGGAAGUAUCGUGAGUUUCAUAAGCUGUAUGAGCAUGGUGAAUUUCAGGAGGCUGCAAGUCUUAUACUCUCACUCCUUACUGCUAAGUUGGCUCCUAAAAGUUUCUGGUUGAUUUUACUGACUGACGUCCUACCUUUACUAGAGUUGGACGUCGUCAUCUUCAGUAGUCAUCAAACGUUUGAAUUACUGCACUGUCUGAAUGAACUCAUGCAGUGGUACACCUCGGAAGAUUAUCUCAAGUCAGAAGCAGCAUCCUCCAAGAGCAAGGGACAACAAGAGCUGGAGUCGGACAAACUGGAGCUUCUCAAACUGGCCCUAGCUCGGAACUUAGCAAGGGCUUCCCAGGAGGAAGGCAUUUUAGAAUGAACCAAUCACAACAUCCGACUCUUGGUGUUCUUAGAUUUUUGGCAUGUAAGAUAUGACAGGAUUUGUCAAUUAGAGAUGGACUUGAGCCAUUGGAGUUGAAGAAGGACUACUCCCAAAGAACAAAUGUUUUUGUGAAACUGUAUUGGAAAGAGAGCAUCUCAAUCAUGUAUUAUGUUUAGUUGAAACAGAUGAUCUGAUUGGCUCCAAGAGACAAUUCACCAUUCUCUGGACCAAUCACAAAUUGGAUUAUAUUAUGGCUGUGGCAAACUAAACUAUGCAACAAUGUAUUACUCCCCCAAAUCGGGCCAAACUUUGCUGAAUACAAAACCUUUUAUACUUCAUGUCAGGUUACAUUGUCAGGUAAACAAUUCUGAAAUAAAAAUUGUUGGACAAACUUUGCAAAUUUGUAUUUGAUUAACCAGGAAGUGAAACCAACGAAAACCCUGCAUAUGUAAAUAAUAUGGGUUUGUUAGCGUUUUCGUUAAAACAUUUCUAUGUACAGUAACAGUAAUAAGCUACGAUAGAUACUUUAUAAUAGACUGCAGUAUAAUGACUUUGUCAAACUUUGAUACAACCAAUUUGACCUACUGUUGCAGUGGGAGA